CCACAUACUCAAUGAGUGAUUUUGAAGGAGAAGAGAAGGAUUCCACGAUCACUGCCACAUGAAACCAGCGACCACUAUGAAGACCACAUAUGGACAAAAUCGUCCAAGUUGUUCAUAUCGAUGAAAGCCGGGCUCAAAGUCAUGCUGGGGGGUUAAUUCAACUAUAUCAAAAAGGAAGAGCUGAAGUAAAUAAAAAAAAAGUUACUAAGAAAGUCAAAUAAUCUGCAACAAGGAGGCUUGCUGCGGAUGUGUAUGGCCUAAAGAAACUCAGCAUAUUUGCUUUGUAAAAUAAAACCAGCAAAAACACAACAAGAAAAAAAGAUCUAACUUUAGCUUCUGUGGCCGGACGACCACAAUUCCCCGCCACCCCUUCCGAUCUCCUAACGCUCCCGCUCCCACCGUCCCCGCGCGCUCUCCCACCACUCGCCACCCCGAUCCUCCUCCUCCGCCCCUCCCCUCUCCCGUCCAGGCGCCGGCGGCCGGAGAGAUGGGGCCUCCUCCGAAGAAGCUGGUCUACAGCUUCGUGGGGCGCGGCACCACGGUGCUGGCCGACCACGCCGAGGCCUCCGGCAACUUCGCCUCCGUCGCCGCGCAGUGCCUCCAGAAGCUCCCGCCCAACAACAACCGGCUCAGCUACAACUGCGACGGCCACACCUUCAACUACCACAUCCACGAUGGAUUCACAUAUUGUGUUGUUGCUACCGAGUCUGCUGGUCGGCAACUUCCAAUCGGCUUCAUUGAGAGGGUUAAGGAGGAUUUCGCCAAGAAAUACAGCGGAGGAAAAGCCAAAACCGCUGGUCCCAAUAGCCUCAAACGAGAAUUUGGGCCUAAGCUUAAAGAACACAUGAAGUACUGUGACCUGCACCCUGAGGAAAUUGACAAGCUUGCAAAGGUGAAGGCUCAGGUUUCAGAGGUGAAAGGAGUAAUGAUGCAAAACAUCGAAAAGGUACUAGAUCGUGGUGAGAAAAUCGAACUGCUUGUCGAUAAGACCGAGGAUCUCCGCUCACAGGCACAAGAUUUCAAGAAGCAAGGAACAAAGAUACGGCAGAAGAUGUGGUGGGAGAACAUGAAGAUAAAGCUCAUCGCUUUUGGCAUCAUUGUCUUGCUGAUCCUCUGCAUCAUCUUGACAGUUUGCCGCGACUUCAAAUGCUGGUGAUGUGACUGGAGAGUGCACUGCUCAUCUCACCCCACUGUUUUAACUACUGCUAUAGCCUUCAGUUUGACGUCGCAUUGUCGAAGAGAAGAAAGAAAUGCAGGAAAGGAAAUAAGGGGGAAAUUGAAGGGCAUGCUGCUACAACAUAUGUAGAGAGCGCUGUUUCCGAGAAAACAAUCACAUAGAGAGUGCAAUCACCAUCAACAGCGUCGUGAUGCUAGAAUCUGUCAGUGAUAUUAUAGUUUCCGCUGAUCGCAUUCUUUAAUUUAGUUAUAUAUACGUAUCUAGGUCCCAAGGCUCGCAAUAUAUAAGAGAGUCAAUGCCCAAAUAUUUAUUUUGCAUUGUUGUAAUUAGUAAUGUUGUGAUUCAGAUGAGGUACUUUUGCUGCAAUUCCGUACAGAGAUAUGGUCUUCCUGAA